GAGGGCGGGGAGGGCUCAGUUCGGCCCGGGUGUCGCUGCCGCCGCCGUCUCCUCUCCACGCUCGGCCCCGCCGCUGCCAUAAAAUGUUUGACGGCUACCUCCUCUCUCUUGUGUUUCCCUGCCUGCUGCUGUGGGGACUGGACGCCGGCACAGCUGGCGAAGCGGAGCUGGAAGUGGUGAUCCCGGAGCGAGUGGCGCUGGAGAAGAUCCACCUGCUGCCGCCCGCCGUGAGCGGGGACCGCAGCGGCCCCCGGCGCCGGCGAGCGCUGCCCCGGCAGCGAGCGACGGCAGAGGCCCUGCUGCUCCGCCUGCCUGCCGCCGGUGCCGAGCUCUACCUGCACCUCCGCCGCGACCUGCGCUUCCUCGCUCGGGGCUUCGUGGUGGAGCAGCGGCGCGGGGAGGCGCGGCGGGCGCCCAGCCCCCGGCGGCCCCCCGAGGAGCUGCUCUGCUUCUACACGGGACACGUGCUGAACCGCGCCGACUCUUUCGCCUCCCUCAGCACCUGCACCGGGCUGGUUGGUUAUAUCCAAAUUGGAUCAGAGCACAUGCUAAUCCAGCCAGUGAAUGCAUCAGAGACCUCAUUUAGUGGAAAAGAACACUUCAUCAGGCGCAGACGAUCCACAAAAUCAAGCCAUCCCAUGAAGUCCCACAUUCCUGAUGAGCACUGCAAGGUUGUAGCAGAAAAGAAGAGACAAAAGAAAAUGAAAUCAACCAGUGACUGGAGGGAGAGAAGAAAUGCCAUUCGACUUACCAACGAGUACACAGUAGAAACUCUGGUGGUGGCAGAUGCUGAUAUGGUCCAAUACCACGGUGCAGAGGCUGCCCAAAGAUUCAUCCUUACAGUUAUGAAUAUGGUGUACAACAUGUUUCAACAUCAAAGUCUUGGAAUUAAAGUCAGCAUUCGAGUGACCAAACUAGUCCUGCUACGCAGCCGUCCUGCAAAGUUGUCUAUUGGGCAUCACGGAGAGAGAUCUCUGGAGAGCUUCUGUCAAUGGCAAAAUGAAGAAUAUGGUGGGGCAAAAUACCUUGGUAACAACCAGGUUCCUGGUGCAAGGGAUGACACCCCGCCUGUGGAUGCUGCUGUUUUUGUAACCAGGACAGAUUUCUGCGUACACAAAGAUGAGCCUUGUGAUACCGUGGGAAUUGCUUACCUGGGAGGUGUCUGCAGUGCCAAGAGAAAGUGUGUUCUUGCUGAAGACAACGGUCUCAAUCUGGCAUUCACAAUUGCACAUGAACUUGGGCACAACAUGGGAAUGAGCCACGAUGAUGAUCAUCAGUCCUGUGCAGGGAGGUCUCAUAUUAUGUCUGGAGAGUGGGUGAAAGGCAGGAACCCAAGUGACCUUUCCUGGUCUUCAUGCAGCCGCGAUGACCUUGAAAACUUCCUAAAGUCCAAGGUCAGCACCUGUUUGCUGGUAACAGACCCUCGAAGCCAAUAUGCAGUGCGGCUCCCUCACAAACUGCCUGGAAUGCACUACAGUGCUGAUGAACAGUGCCAGAUACUGUUUGGGACCAAUGCUACCUUCUGUAAGAAUAUGGAGCAUUUGAUGUGUGCUGGGCUCUGGUGCCUGGUGGAAGGAGAUACAUCCUGCAAGACAAAGUUGGACCCUCCUCUGGAUGGCACUGAAUGUGGUGCAGACAAGUGGUGCCGAGCUGGGGAGUGUGUCAGUAAAACUCCCAUCCCUGAGCAUGUGGAUGGAGACUGGAGCAUGUGGAGUCAGUGGAGCAUGUGCAGCCGGACAUGUGGCACAGGAGUGCGAUUCAGGCAGCGGAAAUGUGACAAUCCUCCCCCAGGGCCAGGUGGGAAGAACUGCCGGGGAGCCAGUGUGGAGCACACUGUAUGUGAGAACUUACCCUGCCCUAAAGGUGUGCCAAGCUUCAGGGACCAACAGUGUCAGGCCCAUGACAGAUACAGCAACAAGAAGAAAAGCCUCCUGACAGCUGUCAUGGUUGAUGAUAAGCCAUGUGAGCUCUUUUGCUCUCCUCUGGGGAAGGAUUCCCCUGUGCUGGUGACAGACAGAGUCCUUGAUGGUACUCCAUGUGGGCCUUACGAAACCGACCUCUGUGUACAUGGCAAGUGCCAGAAAAUUGGCUGCGAUGGAAUCAUUGGUUCAGCUGCCAAAGAGGAUCGCUGUGGAAUCUGCAGUGGUGAUGGCAAAACCUGUAAAGUGGUGAAAGGCGACUUCAACCACACCAAGGGGAUGGUAACCAAUAGUCAUUGUAAGAAGGUUUCCACAUGUGUGAUGGCAAAGGCAAAGGCUGUUCCCAAGUGUUUCUCGUGUUACAUCGAAGCAGCUGUGAUCCCUGCAGGUGCCCGGCGGAUCAGAGUGGUUGAGGAUAAACCUGCUCACAGUUUUCUGGCUUUAAAAGAUUCCAGUAAGAGAUCCAUUAACAGCGACUGGAAAAUUGAGCUUCCUGGUGAGUUUCAGAUCGCAGGCACUACUGUCCGGUACGUGCGAAGGGGUCUGUGGGAGAAAAUCUCUGCCAAAGGACCAACUAAAAUACCACUACACUUGAUGGUGCUGUUAUUUCAUGACCAGAAUUAUGGAAUUCAUUAUGAAUACACCAUUCCUGUAAACUACACAGCUGAAAACAGAAGCGAGCCAGAAAAACAACAGGAUUCCUUGUACAUCUGGACACACAGCGGAUGGGAAGGGUGCAGCGUGCAGUGUGGAGGAGGUGAGAGGAAAACCAUCGUGUCCUGCACUCGGAUUAUCAACAAGACCAUGACACUGGUGAAUGACAGCUACUGCCAACGAGUGAAUCGCCCCGAGCCCCAGGUCAGGAAAUGUAACACACACCCCUGCCAGUCACGGUGGGUGACUGGCCAUUGGAGUCCCUGCUCUGCUACUUGUGAGAAGGGUGUCCAGCACCGGGAGGUGACCUGCGUUUAUCAGCUACAGAAUGGCACCUAUGUUAACACCAGAGACCUCUACUGCCUUGGCAACAAACCAACAACAGUACAGAGCUGUGAAGGACGGGACUGCCUUUCUAUCUGGGAAGCAUCAGAGUGGUCAAAGUGUUCAGCAGACUGUGGCAAGGGGAUUCAGAAAAGAACAGUGACCUGCACAAACUCUCAAGGAAAAUGUGAUGCAGCUACCAGGCCAAGAGAUGAAGAAGAGUGUGAGGAUCACACAGGCUGUUACGAGUGGAAAACUGGUGAUUGGUCUAAGUGCUCCUCAACCUGUGGGAAAGGCCUCCAGUCACGUGUGGUCCAGUGUAUGCACAAAGUUACUGGGCGCCAUGGCAAUGAGUGUCCUGUCCUGUCCAAGCCAGCAGCCUACAGGCAGUGCCACCAAGAGGUCUGCAAUGAGAAGAUAAAUGUCAACACAAUCACCUCACCCAGACUUGCUGCUCUCACGUACAAGUGCACAGGCGACCAGUGGACAGUGUACUGCAGGGUGAUCCGGGAGAAGAACCUGUGCCAGGACAUGCGGUGGUAUCAGCGCUGUUGCCAGACUUGCAGAGACUUUUAUGCAAACAAGAUGCAGCAGAAGAGUUAAUGAACCUGUGCUACUUCUUAGAGUAUCACAGCUACUUGUAUAUAAAUCACGGACUAGUAGGUCUGAGUACUGGAACUUAAUGAGUUGCUACAAUGUGGUGGAUUCCAAAGCAUACCUAAUAGGACUUGAAACUAACUCUACAGACUGGAUACCAAAGUAAUCCACUCAUCCACCUUAAAAAAACAAACAGAGUCAUCUCAAGGAGCCAAUUACGUUAUCAUAUUUUGACAUCCUUACAUUUUUCAUUAAUGCUUUUUACUUUGAUAUAUUAAAUCCCCAGCCACUGGAUGGCUUGCUACCAUCAAAGGACAAGAGUUGCAAAGUGACUACAUUCACUGAGGUUAUGGGUACCUACCUCCAUGGAGGGAGGCCUCUGGCAAAAUAAUUCAGCAAAGGUAGAGACAUUAAUAAUUUAAUUUUGGAUUUCAGCUCAUGCUUUCAGUUCCCAACAACUGUUCCACUGUGGAGUGGGCUUGGAGGAACACACAUACAUGAAAAGCUUAAUUGAAAAAGAGGAUUUGCUAGAAGAGCUUGUGAAAACUGAUAGCAGAGGAUGGACAUCUCUGAAAUUCCUGCAGAAAGCUCAAUACAAUUAUAUCCAACUUUCCAAGUCAUAUUUUUAGAGCAACUAAUAGGGACUACCCUGCUUUCAGAUUUUAAAAAACAAUCUCUCUCUUUUUCCCCCAGAAUAAUAUUGUUUCUGUUAUGAAACUUAAUUUUUCUCUGAGCUUAAUGAAAUGAAAGCCUAUUAACAGCAGUAGAAAGUUAUUCUUAAGCAAGAACCAUUUACAUGAGAUGGGAGAAGCCAAAAAUCAUUUAAUCCAGUAGAGCUCACUGAAGGAUUGCCUGGCCUAAUCUCUCCAGUUUUCAGAAGUCAGUCAGAUAAUGAGACUGACAGAAUGUUUUAAAGAGGACCAUGACAUUGGAUAGGGCUGGUAAAAAAUGGGAUUUGGAGCAACCUUUGUGUAAAGGGUGGAGUGCAGAGCAGAACAAGUGUUUCCUGUCUCUUGGCUCUUGUAUACAUCUGAGGUUAUGUAGCCUUCUGAAUCAAAAGCAGUCAAGAAUAGAAGACAUUCAAAGUGUAAUCUUGAGGUUUGUUGAAGCCAUAAAGCCAAGAGUUCCAUUGCCUUCAGUAAGGGUUAGCAUUGUACUCACUGUAUUUCAAUGCUUCCUGUCUUUUGUGGUGCUAUCACCUUUGGUGCUAUCAGAUUGGUGCUAUCAGAGUAUGCUGCAAGUGCUGUACAUAUGAUACACUCCCUUCCAUGUCUCUGCACUUUAAACUAUACUCCUCACUGAGAUGUGAAUCUUGAAACAGGAGCUCCACCCAGGGUAAAGUUUGUUCCCUCCAUUAGUCCUGCAGAUCAGUGUCUCCCUAUCUGCUCCAGCAUGGAUUGUUUCCCAUGCCAGAGUCCAAGGUCAGUUGUGCAGUGGUAAAGUUACAACCUACUCUUCAAGAUACAAACAGCAGUGUGGAUGAAUUGCAGCUUUGUACUCGCUAGAACUUGUGUUACCAUUACUCUGUGGAGAUGAGUGCAGAACUAAGCCUAGCUACUACCCCAGCCCCUGGCCCAUCUGGGUUGCAGCUCACGCCUGUCCUCACCUGGUCUUUGUUGCUGUCGCCUCUUGUUUCCAGUGCAAGGAAGGAUAAAGAUUUGGUAUCUUGCAUAUCUUUAAGCCAAGUUUUACUUCCUUACUACCAUCCUUUCAAUAUCCAGGACCUCCCUGGAAUAACUAAUUAGCAUUUUAUUAAAGGCUCCAUUUUUCAAGCACAGAGAGAUAGUGUUCAUCAACAGACUGAUCCUGCAUGGGCUUCACAUUCACCUCUGUCCUUGAGUGCAGGUGAGUGUGUGUGCACACCAGAAGUGGCCUAUAUGCACAAAACCUAGUUUGCACACAAUUAUUUACUCAAGUGCCUGUCUUAAACAGACCUACUUUCCAGGUCCCCUUGCUGAUCAUUUUUGGCAUUACUAACAAUCACGUUGGGCAGAUGGAGGAUGUGCCAUCAGGCUUAACUCUUAUCUUGUAAGAAUAUCAUUAUUAUUAAUGGAAUCAAAGGUGCUUUUAAACAGCAGGGGUCAUUUUUUCCUUCCAGUGCUGAUCUGUCACCCUCUCUAGGCAAAAGGAAGGCUCCUAGAUAGGUGCAUAGGGGAGGCAGGAUUUUAAUUCCUACAUUUUUCACUAAUAAUUCACUACUGGCCACUCUCCAGAACAGGCAUUAGGCUGGUUAGACCUGUGGCCCGUCCCAGUAUGCUAGGUCCUGGACUUCAAAGGGCAUUCAGGUCCAUGUUCUGGGACAUACCUAAGGAAAGAUAAAUUUACAAGAAAUUGUUUCAAGUGUCUCAGCACUGAGAAAAACACCUCACUUGCUCUCACAGCCCAUGGGCUGCCAUGCUUCAGCCCUUUAUUUCAGCAAUCAGAAAGCACCAUUAAUUAAAAACUGAUGGCACGGCACAACUCCGAUUAUCCCAUUCUCUUACUUCACAUGGUGACAACCUUCCCAACUUAGCCAGAAAAACAAGACUAAUACUUAAAAAGUGAAAUCCUGUUCAAUAGUCCCUCACUUCUGCUUCAUACCAUUUUAUGGGAGCUUUACUAUGGAUUUACAGCUAUGCUCUGCCCUCAGUUACUGCAUCUUGGUGAAAGGAAAGCUGUUUGUGUCAGUCUAUCUAUGGCAAUGCUUCUUUUGGUUGUUCGUAAGAGAUUGAUGCUCUUUUGAUUACAGUGGUGGUAUUUCCAUAUUGUAAACAAUACUCUGUACUGUUACUAAAGUACUGUACAUUUCUAGUUGCACAGUUGUGUUAUCAAGUGUAGAUUCUCACUAUCUCAUGUAUGGUGCUAUUUUUGUUGUUGUUGUUGUUGGAAAAGAAUCUUAGCAGUCGGUUAUUGCUUGAUAUUUUUAUUAUAAUACAGGGAUAUAUUCUCCAUGGCAAUAAUAUCAUUUAAGUGUUUCAUUACAGAGUGAAAUGUAUAUUUUUUUCUUCCAUUAGCUGAUUUGCAUAUGUACUGUAUCCAUAGUAAUUUUCUUUUUGGUGCUGGUUAUAAAUAGAAAAGAUAACAACAGUCAAACUGAACGGAAACAAUUGUAAAUGGAAGCCAAAAAAAAAAAUAGAGGAGAAAAUCAUUCCAUUUUGGAAAAAAAAAGAGUAUGUUGAAUAAUAAAUUUAUUUUUUCCAUAACAACUUUAAUAAGGUUUCUGAGGUUGAGAGAAAAAAAAACAAACUAGGAAGCAAAGCAAACAGCUAGCAUGAAAACUUAGAGAAAGGAGCGACGCUGCGAGUAGUACAUUGUGCAUCUAAUACUGGGCUGAGACUGGGAUUUGGUUAAGUCUAGGUCAACUGCCUGAUAGCUGUGGUAGGUGUAAUAGGUCAUUUAUCAGUAACAUUCUGGCGUCUCAGAGUUCCCAGUGUGCUAACAAAUCAACAAACGAUGGGUCUUGUCCCGGUCAGGUUGCAAAAUAAAGCAGAGGGAAUGUUAAUACCUGAUGAAUGCCUUGCAAGGGCUGUGGGCAGUGACACGACAGUAGAAAAUGCCUGUCUGGAAAAAGGAAGGCAGGCUCCAUUUGGGCUGUUGCCUGUGUGCCUGAGGAGGCUUCAGGGAGGCUAAAGUUUGCGCAUGGAUGGGGGAACAUUUCUCAAGUGCUUUUGAGAAGGUGUCUUUCAGUGUAUGUUGGAGCCAAGAUGAAGUGGCAGCUUGCUCUAUGUUUAUUGGUAGCCGCUCCACAGCCACAACCUGGUAAUGAGGACUGUGGAGCGUGUGGAAAUGCAUUGGAGCAAAACUACCCCAUCCAUUGGAAAGGUAUCUACAUAACCAAGCUGCACACUUCCUUGGUGUGAAAUAAAUGGAAUUACUUCA